UUAUAGAUGACGUCACCAAGCGGGGUCUCAACAACGAGCAAGUGGGCUGGUUUUCAGAAAGAAACAAAAGCUCAUUGCGUUGAACGAUAAUAUUUACGAGAGCAUUGAGGUAUAUUUCUGAGUUUUUGUUGAGGAGCUGCAGUAAUGUCUGUAAACUACGCCGCUGGACUGUCUACAUAUGCGGACAAAGGUGUUUGCGGGCUCCCCGAGUCGUUUGACAGUAAAGAAGAGUUAAAGGGGAAGGUGGAGGCUCUGGCCCAGCUGAUUAGGGAGUCCCAGUACCUGGUGGUCCACUCUGGGGCAGGCAUCAGCACCUCUUCAGGCAUACCUGACUUCAGGGGUCCCAAAGGAGUGUGGACAAUGGAGGAGAGGGGCGAGUCUCCCCACUUUGACACCACAUUCGAGGAAGCUCGGCCCAGCCUCACUCACAUGGCCCUGCUGGGGCUGCAGAGAGCCAGCUACCUCAAAUACCUCAUCAGCCAGAAUGUGGACGGCAUCCACGUCCGCUCCGGCUUCCCCAGAAAUCUGCUCUCUGAGUUGCAUGGGAACAUGUUCGUGGAGGAGUGUGGGAAGUGUGGCAAGCAGUAUGUGCGGGAAAAGGUGAUUGGUGUGAUGGGGCUGAAACCCACUGGAAAAUACUGUGAGGAGGUCCGGGGAAGAGGACUCAGGUCCUGCAGGGGGAAGCUCAUCAGUACCAUACUGGACUGGGAGGAAGCUCUGCCUGAAAAAGACCUCAACAGAGCCGAAGAAGCUAGCAGACGGGCCGACCUGGCGCUGACCCUGGGUACCUCUCUGCAGAUCAAGCCCAGCGGAGACCUGCCCCUCUUCACCAAACGCAAGGGGGGCAAGGUGGUCAUCGUCAACCUUCAGCCCACCAAACAUGACAAACACGCGCACCUGCGUAUCAACGGUUAUGUGGACGAGGUCAUGAGCCAGUUGAUGGAGCUGCUGGGAUUGGACAUUCCAAAGUGGGACGGGCCCACCGUCUGCGAGAGCUCCACCCCUGACCAGAAACCACUUCCUGCCAUUGCUAUAAAGAAGGAAGUAAAGAAGGGUGUGAAGAAAGAGGCUAAAAGGGAGGGUAGGAAAAGACUAGGAGAACCAAAGAAGGAAGAGGAGGAUGAAGAGAAGAUUGCAGUAAAGAAAGAGAGGGCGGAACAAACAACAGAAGAGCAUGAGAAAGACCUGCAGGGCUGUACUGACUCUAACCCUAUCCCGGUCCAAACACAGGACCAGGACCUGUCCAGAGGUGGAGACCAGAACGAGGGGGCCAACUCCCCAACCCUCUCCCUCUGACAGUUCAGACAGCCCCCAAGAGCCUAACAGAGUGAAGAAUAAGCUAGUAGUGUCUUAGUAUUGUCCCAUAAUCAGUUCUUAUACACACUGACCUAGAACAAUGCUGCCUGGGACCAAUGCAGAAAGGUCUGUGUAAGUGAGAAUGUACAGUACCAGUCCAACGUUUGGACACCUACUCAUUCAAGGGUUUUUCUUGUUAUUUCCUACAUUGUAGAAUAGUAGUGAAUACGUAUAUGAAAUAACACAUAUGGAGUCAUGUAGUAACCAAAAAAGUUUUAAACAAAUAAAAAUAUUUCACCCUUUGCCUUGACAAUUUUGCACACUCUUGGCAUUCUCUCAACCAGCUUGGAAUGAUUCUCCAAUAGUCUUGAAGUUGGGUGAUUGAGGAGGCCAGGCCAUCUAAUGCAGCACUCCAUCACUCUCUUUCUUGGUCAAAUAGCCCAUACACAGCCUGGAGGUGUGUUGGGUCAUUGUCCUGUUGAAAAACAAAUGAAAGUCCCACUAAGUGCAAAAAUAUCAAAUUUUGACUCAUCAGACCAAAGGACAGAUUUCCACUGGUCUAAUGUCCAUUGCUUGUGUUUCUUAGCCCAAGCAAGUCUCUUCUUAUUGGUGUCCUUUAGUAUUGGUUUCUUUGCAGCAAUUCGACCAUGAAUGCCUGAUUCCUCUGAACAGUUGACAUUGAGAUGUGUCUGUUACUAGAACUCUGUGAAGCAUUUAUUUGUGCUGCAAUUUGUGAGGCUGGUAACUCUAAUGAACUUAUUCUCUGCAGCAGAGGUAACUUCCUCAUGAGAGCCAGUUUCAACAUAGUGCUUCAUGGUUUUUGUGACUGCAUUUGAAGAAACUUUCAAAGUUCGACAUUUUCCGGAUUGACUGAUCUUUAUGUCUUAAAGUAAUUAUGUACUGUCGUUUCUCUUUGCUUAUUUGAACUGUUCUUGCCAUAAUAUGAACUUAGUCCUAUUUGGUAAAAGACCAUCUUCUGUAUUCUAGCCCAACACAACAGAUUGGCUCAAACAAAUUAAGAAGGAAAGAAAUUCAACAAAUUAACUUUUAAGAAGGCACACCUGUUAAUUGAAAUGCAUUCCAAGUGCCUUCCUCAUGAGGCUGGUUGAGAGAAUGCCAAGAUUGUGCAAAGCUGUCAAAGGUAAAGGGUGGCUACCUUGAAUAAUCAAAAAUAUGUCCUUAACAAUUUUGGUUACUACAUGAUUCCAUGUGUGUUAUUCCAUAGUUUUGAUGUCUUCACUAUUAUUGUACAAGCGUUUGACUGUUACUGUAUACCUCUGACAGAACAUAGGGAAGGCUUGAUUAAGUAACAGGGAGAACCAGCAGGAGUGCGGCUCUCUAGUGAACAUUUCUCAGCAAUACAGAUAUAGAGAAGGGAAAGAAGAGCCUUGAAUAUAAUAGUAAUCUGACCAUGAAGACAUGUACACUAGAAGUGCCAGAGCAAGGCCACCCAACACCACACAAUCACCCAUACUUAAAAUGUAUGCAUGCAUGACUGUAAGUCACGUUGGAUAAAAGCCUCUGCUAAAUGGCAUAUAAUAUUUUACAUUUCAAACAGCUGAGUGAGGUAUGGGUCAAGCACCCGUUUAGAACUCUGGAGUAGAGCACUACGACAUGGUGUCUUGCAGAGGGGGCUAACGGGUGUAAAUUGAAGGCAGGUGGUGUGAAAUGGUAAAAAGUAAGUGAUUUUGCCAUAGUGCUAGCAUACAUGAUCACAUCUGUGUUUUGUUAGACACUUUACUGUUUAUUUGGAGUACGGACACUUCGUUUAGUGAUGGGCAUUACACUGGGAUUUCUAAUGCAGUCUAAUUUUGUACAGCCAUUCUAGAAUUGUUUCGCCUCGCAACUCAGUAACUCCUUCCUGUCAUGGGAAUACUAUGACAGGAAGUUUUUUUUGUUAUUGUAUAUUCUGCUGCUUGUCACUGUCAAGCCAUCUGUCCUAGUUGACUUUCUCUUGAACUUUUAUUUAGAAAGAAUGAUGUAGUUUGUUGCAACAUUGUUUAUUUCUGUACCUUUUUUUUUACAGAUGUUUUGUAAUAAACACUUGAUUGUC